UCCAAAGUCCCUGCACGCGUGUUUGGUGCCAAAGGUCCUAUAUCUACAAACAUGUUACAGCCACCUGCUUUUGAUCCUUUGGUAGACAUGGAUCCCAGACUUGUCGUUGCCCUCUUUGAUAUGCCUAGGGAUGCAGAUAUAAGUGCACUGGUCCUGAGAUUUGGUGGGGAAUGUGAACUAGUCUGGUUGAAUGACAAGAACGCAUUGGCUGUCUUUAGUGAUCCUGCCCGAGCAGCGACUGCCAUGAGGAGAUUAGAUCAAGGAUCUGUGUAUUACGGGGCUGCCGUUCUUCAAAAUGGUGGUGCAUCAGCGGCCACAUCAGCUAGUAAUGCUUGGGGAGUUGCUGGAGUGGCCAAGGAUGGAGGAGCACUUGCAUCUCUGAAGGCGAAUCCAUGGAAGAAGGCUGUUGUGCCGGAGCUUGAUUGGACUGAGAGUUCGUGGGGUGCUGAGGAGGGUUCUGGUGAUCCUGCUGAAGUGGAGGUGGCGUCCAUUUGGAAGGUGAAGGAAGCUCCAAUUGCUGCUUCAGCAAACAGGUGGACUGUUCUGGACUCUGAAAUCACUUCAAGUUCAUCAUCAACUGCCCCUGUCCAGAGCAAGGAUCCUGGAGAACCAACCCCAAUCCAUAAUAACAAGUCGGGGCUUGAACCAACCCUGAAAGCAAGUAGUUCAAAUGUUGUAGGACAGCCAGAAGGGGAGGUCGACGAGAUGUCUGAUGUAGUGGAUGAUUGGGAGAAGGCAUGUGAUUGA